AUGACAGAAGGUGGUAUGUAUAUUGCUUUGGAAUUAGCUGAUUGUGAUCUCAAUAAAUUCUGGGUGGACAAAAUAUCUAAAGCAGACCAUGAAGCAAAGUUUAUAAUUGGUGUGCUCAUCUUCAUGUACGUGUUGCGUGCAUUGGUAUUUCUCGAAAAAUUGAGUAUCGUUCAUGGAGAUAUUAAGCCUGCCAAUUUGGUUGUCAUUGAACGCGAAAAAAGUUUCUUGGUUAAACUAAUUGACUUUGGUACUGUUGAGAGGCUUGAUACUAAGCGCUCCCAAAAGACCGUUGGCAGUGGAAAAGCUUAUACGCCGCUAUUUGUAGCCCCAGAAUUUCUGAAUUUUAGUGUAAAUCCUCAAGAAAAACGUGUACACAAAAGAGCAGAUGUAUGGUCAGCUGGAGUUAUGUUUUACUUUUUGCUGUAUGAAGCAUUUCCAUGGGCAGGUGAAACUGAUUAUAUACGAUUCGCGAAUCUUCCCGACGCCAUGGAUAUUGUUGCACCCGAGAAGGACGGUUUUGAAGAUAUAAUUCAUCUUCUAAUGAAGAAAAGUCCUCAGCAACGUUCAAGUGCUGAACAAGCUAUGAUGGCUAUGAAGAACCAUGAGAAACUCAAAGUGACAGUACAAACAUUGGAAAAGAAGUUCUAUCGCAUUGAUGAUGUGUGUCAAGUAAUAGUGCCUGAUGAAAUUCAAAGAGUAUUUGCCCAAAGAGAACAUGUGGCGUAA